CAGCGGAGGCCGGGGUUCACCUGUGGCGGAGUACGUGACUGUAUUUGCUUUCGGUUUCCUGGCCAUUUUUUGCGCUUCCUCAUCGCUUCCAAAGCCUGCUUUGUCUUAUCUCCUGUAAAACGUUGACAGCUUGAUUACCUUGUGGUCCAUCAUCCGACGAAGCGCGACGGCCACAGUAGUGAGGAACCAAACCAUCUUAUCAGCCCGUAUUGCGCGGUAGUAGACAGUCGCCUUUCUAACUCGUCGCUGUUGCUGCUGCUGCUACUGCUUUUGCAUACGAACAAGAGAUGGCUUCAAGUUUCGAAGGAAAGUACAACUUUGCGAUCGAUCGUGGUGGUACCUUUACCGAUGUGCUGUGCAUCACUCCGGAUCGUAGUGUGCGAACGCUGAAGCUGCUGUCGGUCGAUCCGGCUAACUAUGCGGACGCACCGACCGAAGGCAUCCGGCGAGUGCUGCAGCUGGAAACAUCCGGACGAGCGCUCACACCGGACGGUCUUAUCAACACGGAGCUGAUCGGUUGGGUGCGUAUGGGCACGACCGUAGCCACCAAUGCGUUACUCGAGCGUGCCGGUGAUCCGGUGGCCCUGGUUGUCAACAAAGGCUUCCGGGAUUUGCUGCAAAUCGGCAAUCAAGCGCGGCCAAACAUCUUCGCCCUGAACAUCGAAAAACCGACGAACCUGUAUCGGGAAGUGGUCGAGAUAGGGGCACGGAUUGUACCGGCCCAGGAGGGCCUGUGUCAGCUAGAUGAUACGGCCGGUUGGCGGAAGUUGGGCGGUGCAUCCGAUUCCAUCUACCUCGAGAUGGUGCCACUGGAUGAGACGGAAGUACGGACCGCUCUCGGUGCGAUCCGUGAGUCGGGCAUACAAUCGUUGGCCGUAGCGCUAGCACAUAGUUACGCUUGUCCGGAGCAUGAGCUGCGUAUCGGUGAGAUCGCCCGGGAACUUGGCUUCCAGUACGUGACACUGUCCCACCAGGCGAUGCCCAUGUGCCGGCUAGUGGCCCGUGGAUUCACUGCGUGCGCCGAAGCCUAUCUGACGCCACACGUCGAACGUUAUCUGGAUGGGUUUCGUGCCGGUUUCCGGGAUGAGUUGCGGGGUGCCGAGGUACUGUUCAUGCAGAGCGACGGUGGCCUGACGCGGAUGGAGCACUUCCGGGGUGCCCGUGCCAUUCUCAGUGGACCGGCCGGUGGUGUCGUCGGGUACGCCGUGACCGGUGUUCGUGAUGCCGACGGGAGCGAGCUGAUCGGGUUCGAUAUGGGUGGCACCUCGACCGAUGUGUCCCGAUUCGCCGGAACGUACGAGCACGUGAUCGAGAGUACGACGGCCGGUGUGACGAUCCAGGCACCGCAACUUGACAUUAACACAGUAGCGGCCGGUGGAGGAUCGCGGUUGUUCUUCCGUUCCGGUUUGUUCGUUGUUGGACCUGAGUCGGCCGGUGCCCAUCCAGGGCCGACGUGCUACCGCAAGGGUGGCCCUCUGACGGUGACCGAUGCUAAUCUUAUUCUCGGCCGGUUGCUACCCGAGUAUUUCCCGGCCAUCUUCGGUCCGGCCGAGAACGAACCACUCGACUAUGAGGCUACUCGGGCGGCGUUCGAGGUACUACGGGUAGAGAUCAACGAACAUUUACGAUCAUCGAGCAGCGGAACCGGAACGACCGCCGAGACACUGUCCCUGGAGGAGGUUGCGAUGGGAUUCGUACGCGUCGCCAACGAAGCCAUGUGCCGACCGAUCCGUGCACUGACGCAAGCCCGUGGUUACGACACAUCACGACACGUGCUGGCCUGCUUUGGUGGAGCUGGUGGUCAACAUGCUUGCAGCAUUGCCCGGCAGCUCGGUAUGCGGCGCGUUGUGAUACACAAGUACGCCGGCAUACUGUCCGCGUAUGGUAUGGCACUGGCGGAUGUGGUGCAUGAAGCGCAGGAACCGUGUGGCUUGGAGCUAUGCCCGGACAAUCGUGCGGUUCUCAAGGAGCGUCUGAACGUGCUCUCGGCACGCUGUGUAGAGCAGCUGGAACGGCAGGGCUUCCGGCUCGAAACGAAUUCGAUCGUACUAGAGCCCUAUCUGCAUCUCCGGUACGAGGGCACGGACUGUGCGCUGAUGUGUUCGCCGGAUCGCGUCGUCGAAACGCCGGACCACACGGUGUACGGCUUCGGAGACUUUGGACGUACGUUCCGUGAGCGGUAUCGUAGUGAGUUCGGAUUCGUGCUCGAAGGACGCCGCAUUCUGGUGGAUGAUGUGAGGGUACGGGGUUGCGGCCGUGCGACACUGUUUGAUGAGCCCGCGAUCGAUGACGAGACGGCGUCUACGGUAGGCGCUGGUUUGCCGCUGUAUGCGGAGAAGACAACCAUUGCCUACUUCGAGGGUGUCGGUCGUCAGGUAACGCCGGUGUACGAUUGUAGCAAGCUGCGCUACGGGACCACACUCGUCGGACCCGCCAUCUUGAUCGACAAACUGUCAACGAUUGUCAUCGAGCCGGGUGCCCGGGUAUCCGUGACGCGGCGCGGUGAUCUGACGAUUGAAAUCGAUGCGGCAGCGACGGCGGCGAGUGUUGCUGUCGAUGAGCGGCUCGAUGCAGUGCAGCUGAGUAUCUUCAAUCAUCGUUUUAUGAGCAUUGCGGAGCAGAUGGGAAGGGUGCUGCAGCGGACCGCCAUCUCGACCAACAUCAAGGAGCGGCUCGACUUUUCCUGUGCCCUGUUCGGUCCGGACGGUGGGCUGGUCAGCAAUGCACCGCACAUCCCGGUGCAUCUUGGUGCGAUGCAGGAAACGGUCCAAUAUCAGCUACGUGUUCGUGGUGACACUCUUAAGCCGGGUGAUGUGCUCCUCUCGAACCAUCCGCAGGCCGGUGGUUCCCAUUUGCCCGAUCUGACCGUCAUCACACCGGUUUUUGCACCGGAGGACGAGGACGAGGAACAACUGGCAAGAAAGCCCGUCUUUUUCGUCGCUUCCCGUGGCCAUCAUGCGGACAUCGGUGGCAUCACGCCCGGUUCGAUGCCACCCCAUUCGACUUCGCUCGCCCAGGAAGGGGCCGCCUUCCGGUCGUUCCUGCUGGUCGAUGGAGGCGUAUUCCAGGAGGCAGCCAUCAUCGAGCGGCUGACGCGGCCUGCACCGGAUCCGAUCGGUGCACCGGGUACGCGCAACCUGUCGGACAAUCUGUCCGAUCUGCGGGCCCAGAUUGCGGCCAACCAGAAGGGGAUUGCGCUUGUAACCGAACUGAUCGGUGCGUACGGAUUACGGGUCGUUCAGGCGUACAUGGGCCAUAUGCAGGCCAAUGCUGAGCUGGCCGUGCGCGAGAUGCUCCGUCAGGUGGCCACGGAAGCACGGCUUCGGACGGGCACCACCGUGCUGGCAGCGGAGCAGCUGAUGGAUGACGGUACUCCGAUACGGUUGACGGUACAGAUCGAUGAGGAUGCUGGUUCGGCCAUUUGUGAUUUCACCGGGACCGGGGUGGAGGUUAGCGGUAACUGUAAUGCACCGAGAGCCAUCACACUGUCCGCUCUGAUAUACUGCUUGCGGUGUCUGGUCGGAUACGAUAUACCGUUGAACCAGGGUUGCCUGACACCGAUCCGGGUUAUCGUACCGCCCGGUUCGAUCCUAGAUCCAUCGGAGGGUGCCGCCGUGGUCGGUGGAAAUGUGCUGACAUCGCAGCGCGUCGUCGAUACGGUACUGGCCGCUUUCCGUGCCUGUGCAGCAUCGCAGGGCUGCAUGAACAACGUGACGAUCGGUGAGGAAGGCUGGGGUUACUAUGAAACGGUGGCCGGUGGCAGUGGUGCCGGUCCGGGGUGGCACGGUGUGGGCGGUGUCCAUACGCAUAUGACCAACACGCGCAUUACGGAUCCGGAGAUACUGGAGCUGCGCUAUCCGAUCAUCUUGAAGCGGUUCAGCUUACGGGAUGAUGCCAGCGGUGGUGCUGGUCAAUACCGUGGUGGCGAAGGGGUACACCGGGAGCUGUUAUUCCGCCGUCCGAUGACCCUGUCGGUGCUGACAGAACGUCGCACGCUGCGACCGUACGGAAUGGCAGGUGGGGAACCGGGUAAGCCCGGUCUCAACCUGCUGGUGAAGCACCGUGGCCGUACGGUAAACAUCGGUGCCAAGACGGCCAUCGCGGUCGGUCCGGGAGAUCUGUUCUCGAUGAAAACGCCCGGCGGUGGUGGCUAUGGACCGGUGUCGGAGGCGGCCGAUGACACACUACCGCCGUGCCUCGACGGAGGAGCGGCCAUCAAGGCCAUGAAGGCGUUCACCGAGCGCGGCAGCGUUUACGAGUACCGGAUGGCCCAGGAAUCCGUCUGAUGGUACGACAUUGGCUUCAACUUUAACUUCUAUCUCGUUCUCAUCGUGAUUCUGCUGAUCAUCGUGAUCGUCAUGUUCAAGUAGACCAUACUACAACUAGAGACCCUCUUCGACACUAUCCUAUACACUCACACACAUGUACUGUUCUGCGUUCAAAUCACGUUUGUUCUUCCAAGUUUCUCUUCCAAGGCGCGUAUCCAUAAAUGUUCCGGGUUCCGCCUUUCGUUUAAUCCAAUUCUAAAACUCCGUUCGUUCACCGCCGCGCGUUGCGCCGCGGCUUGUUUUGAACGGUUCUAGUGCCAAAAACAUAAAGGAAAACAAAAGAAUAAAUAAAAAAACUGUAGCUUUAGACUGGUUCAGUCAACCUUUUUAUAGAAUAUAGGAUAGGAUAGGAUUUUUGAUCGUAAAACGGUUUUUUACAUCGCUUAGGAGAGAUCCUUAUUGAUCACUUUGGAGGAGAGCUAAAGAGCGCCCGCACGAGCAUGUAGCCAGAUUGGGACCAAGAUGCAAAAUCAGCGGUACUCCCAACUGUGUUGAUUAGUCUUCUAGCAUUGUUACCCUCCUGGAAAGCAGGGUUUUCAUCUACAGUAUUCUUAUAGAACACGAGCAAAUAAAACCUUUCUUGCCUUACGCACACA